AUGGAUAAUCCUGCACACAACCAUCAUGUUUACGACACCACGUUAGAAAAUACACAACAGAACUCGAGCCAUGAGAUGGUGAUGAAUGGUGGGACGGUGGAGGUCGUGCAGGAACAACCCGUCCAGCAGGGAGUCCAGAUGAACGGCAGUGCAGCAUCGAGCAGCGAGACAGCACUCAAUCUGGACGGAACGCCAGCAAAGAGGCGACCCGGGCGUCCGAAGGGCAGCACGAAGAAGAAUUUGCUAACAGGCUCGCCUUUACCUCCAAAGAUCAAGCGGCCAGUUGGGCGACCGCGGAAGGAUGGGUUGCCAGCUGGUUCUGUGGGUCCCUCGCGUGUGAAGAAGGAGAAGGCUCAAGUGUUCGUGACGGGCGUUGGGUAUCCCCAGCCUGCGCCUUACGGGUAUUCCAUCAGUGCCCCAAUCUUCCAGAUAGACCCGACAUUGGAAAAUGCAGCAGACAACGAGUGGGCAGAGCUCGCACGGACGAACCCCAAUGCUUUCCUCGGAACACUACUCACAGCUCUCGCCGCACCCAAUCCUGUCUCAACCGCCGGUCCAACAGUGGAAGAGGCGUUCAAAUCCCACUUGGUGUCCCUUGCCCCGAAUCCUCAGCAAAUGCAGCCCAUUCCCUCGCUCUACUAUCUCCUCAAAACUUUCUGGGUGCCUUCAAGUCCGGCAUAUUUCUCACUCACUGCGUCGACAUCAACCGCGCGGACACCCUCGGAGCAUCGGUUUUUUUAUUGGGACCCCCUGCCACUUGUGUUCAAUGGGAUUGGUUGCCCGAGCUGUGCUGCGCCACUCAUCAACAAAGGUCGUAUUGCCUCAGGUCCAGUCAAAAUAUAUGACAUUGAGAAGCCAUUUUUCAUCAUCGGUUGCGAGUAUGUGUGUCGUUCGGCUGCCUGCCUUGCUGCCACGUCCUCACUAGACGGUCGUGAUUUCGCAUCUACGGACCCCUCGAUUCUCGGCUCUCUACCUGCACGUCUGAAGGAGGAAUUCCCAGCUCGGGUGUUGAACAGCGAGACUGACGCAGGAAGUGGAGGGGAUGUAUGGAACUGGAAGGCCAUGGGCGUUAGCACAGGCUUGUGGAAUCUGGUCAUGGGUUCGUUGAGGGCGGGUUUGAAGAAGGAAGUCAUUUUGGGGCUCGUUCUCGCGGUGCAACAUGGAGUCCCUGAGCUGGCGGGUGAUGCUUCUGCACAGCAUCCUCAACCGCCGCAGAAUGGGAACAAUGAAGACGACAGGAUGGAGGAAGGAGACGGCAGCGGAGACGAGGAAGGCAGAAAUCAUCCUCCGAACGAGCAGGAUGCUAACGAAAGACAAACAUUAUCAUCUAGUAACUUCCAGGAGACGUAUCCAGAAGCCUGGAAAGAAAAUACGUCUAUGACUGAGGCGGCUCCGAAACAAGCUUCCGCAUCAUCUGCACCACCUAUCCCACAACCUACUCAUCUACCCACCCUGCUUCCAGCGCCCCCACCUCCGCCGCCGCCGCCUCCGGCAGUGUACAACCCGUAUACGGCAUAUCCGUUCGCAUCUUACCAUGCAUACAUGCCGCACCAAGUUGUGAACGGCCAAAUUGUGCCAAUGGCUCCCCUUCCCCCUCCUGGUCUCGUUGUUGCACCACCGGCCCCUUCAAAUGGAGCCACUAAUACAAACGGUGAGGGGCCUAGCACCAACGGCGCAGGAGGACAAGCAGGCAAGAGAAGCCCUCGGCACUGCUGCAAGUGUGGUUCUCAAGACUGCAAAGGAAAAGGUGGACGGUCUUUCUGCACGAAUGCAUGUCAAGAUUGCGGAAAGGCGGAAUGCAAAGGUCGCAAUAGCCGACGACCUGACAAAAAAUGCUCUGAAGGAUGGUCAUAA